AUGGUGACAUCAUUGACAGUAUCUCCAGUCACCCCGGACAUCAUAUACAGUGCUCAAGUACAAUUCAAUGUCGACAACUACAACAGCCGUAAAAACCUCGGUUAUGCCACUUUUAUAAGGUCGCCAACCUUCAUCGUUGGUGGCUAUGAGUGGACACUCCACUACUUCCCAGAUGGUAUUAGCGAGGAAACCGAAGGCCAUGUGUCCGUUGCUCUUGAGCUCAUGAGUGAAAACGAAUGUGCAUGGACUCUCAUAGGCCUAACAUUUGCCGGUGAGGCUGAUAGGUCGGCAUGGGCAGGAUGGAAAACGGCAGCACAAUUCGACAAUGUCAACCGAUUCCUCUUUCACUGGCCCGAAGUAAGAAGCGAGAACUUGGAGCAAAGAGGGCUUGUGCGAAACGACUGUCUCGAGAUCCAGUGCCACAUUUCUGUUCUCAGACCAAAUCAGUUGUUGAAGGCUGGAUUGCUUCCUGAAAUCGAGGUUCCGACAUCCGAUUUGGGGGCAAACAUUGGUAAGUUACUGGGGGAUCAAGUGACAGCGGACGUGACAUUUAAGGUAGAGAAGGAGACUUUCCGAGCUCAUAGAAUCUUGCUGGCUGCGCAAUCAUCUGUGUUCGAUAGGCAGCUCUUUGGGCAAAUGAAAGAGAAGGACAUGGGCUGUAUUGAAGUGCAUGACAUGCAACCCGCUGUCUUCAGGGCUCUUUUGCACUUUAUAUAUACUGAUUCAAUGCUUGAUAUGAGCGGCAUGGAUGUGCACGACCAGAUAGAGCUUAUUCGACAUUUGUUGGUGGCUGCGGAUCGCUACUGCGUAGAAAGACUAAAGAACAUAUGCGAAGGUAUCCUGUGCAAGUGCUUGGAUAUGGAGAGCUUGCUAAUUACAUUUGCAUUAGCAGACCAACAUCAGUGCUCGAAGCUUCUGGUUGCUUGCAUGGAGUUCCUCAAACAUUCCGUGAAGGGUGAUAUCAUUGCAAGUCAGUGGUACAAGGUGCUCAAAGAUAACCAUCCUGACGUGGCAGAAGAAAUUUGCAAGGCACUCAAGGAGUCUCACAAAAUAAACUGA